AUGUCCGGUGUUGAAGAAUCAUCGAAACAAAAAAGGCCUAGAAUCAGUUGGAAAAAUGAAGCACUAAAGAAAUUAUUUCUCGAAGCAUGCAUACAUGAGGUCAACACUCAUGGACGAGAAGUAAACAGUUUGAAGUUUACAUCUUGGAAAAAUGUUGGAGAGAAACUGAAAAAUGAAUGUGGUAUUUUUGUUGAACGACGCCAAAUGAAAAAUCGGUAUGAUUAUAUUAGAGGAAAAUAUAAUGUGUGGUCAAAGUUAUUUAACAAGACGGAGAAUUUGUACAAUCCGGUCACAAAGUCAUUCAACUUAACUGAAGAAGAAUUGCAAAUCGAAAUGAAGUGCAACAAACAUGCAGAACCGUUGAGGAAUUCACCCUUGUUGUAUCCUGAGUUAUGUAUGCAACUAUUUGACGGGUCAACUUGCACUAGUAUUGAUGGUUGGGGGCCUACUUCUAAAUCUUCUCAUCCAGAAGAAGAACUAGAUAAUCCUGAAUUGAAUGAAGAUGAUGAUAGCCAACAACUAAAUAAUUCCUCUCGUGCGUCACAAGAAACAAUGGUUCCAACAAGAUGGGAUUCUGAUGAAGUAUUUGGUGGAGGAACCAUUGGAGAUCAAGGAAAUGUUGAACUUUGA